CUCAAGUGUUUUUAAUUAGAAUGAGUGUUAAUGAUUCUCGUGUUAAGAUUACAUCAGUCACAACUCAUCCAGUAUAAUUGUUGACAAUGAUGAUGUUUUUAGAGUUGGAUUUAAAAAUACUGAAAUCUCAAUUAUUGAAGGAGAAACAGCAAUGCUAACAGUACAGCAGAUUGGCAAUGAGAAAGGUGGUGAAGAUAUUGGUGGUUUACCAGAAAGAAGCCUUGUUUCAGCAUUAUUGUACUUAUGUUAUCUAGCUGGUCGAGGAGCAGAUGCCAAGUUAAAUUACAGUUUCCCAGAAUUCAGUUACAAUUCUAAUAAUAAGUUAAAUGACAUUUCAUUCUUUCCUGUCACGAGUCUUGUGGAUAAUGUCAUUGAAGGGAAUGAGUUGAUACAGGUUGUACUUCUUCCAGGACCAAAUUCUGCUAACCUUCAAGUUAUACCAUCACUACAGACAGCUACUAUAACAAUAUUUGAUAAAACAAAUAGUCCUACUAGCCUGUCAUUAGAAAGAAGAUCAUACAGUGUAAUUGAGAGUGAAGGAAGUAUAGAAAUAUGUGUUGUACUAACUGGAGAUGUCUCAUCAAGCUCAGUGAAUAUUACCAUUCUUGAGUCACAAGGAACUGCAAAGCGAAAUUCUGACUACACCUUUAGUAGUAAUACUUUAACUCUGCCUGCAUUUAAGAACAAGACCUGUACAAGUCUUCGUAUUAUUGAUGAUAACUUAUGGGAGCCAUCUUAUGAGAGUUUUACAUUAACAAUUUCUAGAAUAACACCUGAGAAUAGCAACUUCAUUUUAGACAAUACCCCAUCAACAAUUCAAAUACAAGAUGAUGACAUGAAGCAACAAAUAACAGAGGAUGUCAUUGUACAGUGUUACUCAUCUGCUGCUAAUUGUAACAGUAAUACUAAUGGAGUCAGUCUUGCAGCUAUUGACUGCUGUAGUAGAACUGGUGGAGGAUAUAUAUCUCAUUCUUCACUAGCUGCGGCACAACAAUGUGGUGCAUGUGUUGUUGUUGGUUUUGAUCAAUCACAUGUGCAUAUUGGUCCAAGUGAUGCUGGUAGAAGAUACUCAUUUACUGCUGAUGUACUCCUCAGUACUCCUGGGGCUCCUGAUGUUACUGGUCUGGAUUAUGUUAUUUCACGAGAGCCAGCUAUGCUAGUUAAUGUUGCUGACUACUUAAGCUCAGAUUUUGCUGGACGAACCAAUGGUUUGCUACCAGAAAGGUUUAGCAUACGAUAUGUAUCACAAGGGAAUGCGGUUGCUCUCCAACCAACUCUUUCAUUUAAUUACACAAUUGCUGCUGAAACUGGUCCAUCUGAUCCAUCAAUACCAUCAGGAGUUGUACUUGUAUACAAAAAUCUUAGAGUUACAAUUGAUGAUAUAGACAUAAUUACUGUAGGUCUAAUAGAAUCAUGCACAUGCUUCCCGCCAUUAUUAGAGGGUCGUGAUGCUAUAGUUGGUAUUGAAGGCUCAGCAAUUACAUUUGAAGCUCCUUUUGAAGUCACUGUCUCAAAUGAGAGGUAUACUGGCCCAUUGGCUCCUGAUGAAGCUGCUGUUGGAGACUUUGAUCUCUUCAACUUUACUGAAAAGCAUAGUGUUGUGUUUUUACCAACAGCAUAUUAUUUUAAUCAGCAUUUUGAGCGUGUGCUUUUCUUCAUGCCACAGGACAAUAUUGUAGAGUUACAAGAACUGUUUAGAUUGAGACUCAGUGUUAAUGACUCUAGAGUUAGACUAGAUCCUCAAAAAACCACUCAAACAGUAAGACUUAACAAUCGAGAUGUUUUCAGUGUUGGGUUUAGAGAAUUACAAGUUACUAUUACAGAAGGAGAAGUGGCCACAUUAUUUAUGAAGCAGAUAGGAAAUGAGACUGGUGGUGUAGACAUUGGAGGCUUUCCAGAGGGUCGUUUAAGUCCAGUUCGAUUGAGACAAGUAUCUGGGACUGCUACAAGUGGUAGUGAUUUCUCCCUUAAUUCUUUUAUUCCAAGAUUCACCUACAGUGUUAAUAAUACACUAAAUGAUAUUACAUUCGCUCCUAUCACUAGUAUUGAUGAUAAUAUGAUUGAAGGAAAUGAAACAAUAAGAGUCAUCAUAUUACCUGGUACAGAUAAUCUUGUUCUAAUACAGAGAGACAGGCAGACAGCUACCAUCACCAUUGUUGAUAAUGACAUUGGUGUGCUGUCAUUAGAGAGAGGAACAUAUGAUGUGAUUGAGAAUGAAGGAACUGUAGAAAUAUGUGCUGUACUAACUGGAGGAGUAUUAUCAACUGAUACAGAAAUAACUCUACAAGCUAGAGAUAACACUGCACGAUUUAGGAGUGACUAUAGUACUCAUAGAAUUCGUCCAAUAUUACGUUCAUCUACAAUAAAGACGUGUGGUAGAUUUAAUAUUAUGAAUGAUCUCAUUAGAGAACCACUAUUUGAGAACUUUACAGUGUUAAUAACAAGUGUCUUUCCAGAAAAUAGUGUAUUAACAGUAAAUGGGAGUCCAUCUUUUAUCAGGAUACAAGAUGACGAUCAUUAGUAAAACAAGUUAUAAGUAAUGACAAUAGUAAAUUUCACAUGUUAAAUAAUGCUUUUGAUUAUCAGAAAGUAAUAUUACAUAUUUCUCAAA